UUCAUUUACCGGGAAACGCAGCUGAUGGAGAAACACACCGUGCCAUUAGUCUAGCGCGCACCACUCUGUGCUGAGGAUGCUGCGCUCUUCUUCUUCACUUUAAUCCACGGACAUUAAGUGUUUUACUCGGUUUGCUCUUCACUUCACUGUCGCAGCAUGAGCGCUACUUGCAGCAGUUACUACAGCGCUGACAGUGUGUUUAUGGACGGCUUCUCCUGCCCCAAACCGGGAAAUGCCGCCGCCGCCGUCUACUGUUGCGGAUUUAAUGAUGUCAAAUAUUGCUGUGAUGACCCAAACAGUUUUUUCCCAUAUGAGUACCGAUACAUGUGGUGGCUGAGUGUUGGAGCUCUGGUUGGUCUGUCCAUUGCAGCAGUGGUCCUCCUUGCCUUUCUCAUCACUGUUUGUGUCCUCUGCUACCUCUUCAUCGCAACCAAACCCAGUCGCCUUGAUAAUGGCCUACCCCUCAGAACGCCAGCAGGAGAUUCUAGUGAGGGAUCCAGCCAUGCAAGAGCGGCUUGUGCCUGUGGCCCACCAGGACUCAGAAAACACUUCAUGAGCAGGAAGCUGGACUGUGAUAACCAGCCGCAGGACCCAGAGCGCCUGUUUCAACGCUGCUUCACAGCUACUGUCACUGGUGUGGAAGUGGAAAGUCCAUAGACUUCUCAUUUAAAAUAGGACUAGCAGUCCAGAGGUCAGGAGAACCAGUGAAUCUGGAGGCAGCCUGUGCUGUCAGUGGAUGACCAUGGCAGAGAAACAGCAGCUGACAUAAUGCGGUGUGCAGUAGUCUGGUGGUGCUUGAACGGAAUAAAUGAUGAGUGACACUAAUGAUCUGUGAAAAAGUUCUCAGACAGUAUGAGGGUUCUAACUCAUGCCUUGAUGAAGUUCUUUCAUGCACUGAAUCUCUCUCCUCAUAAUUAAGUGUUUUAGAAAUGAGCAGCAGCAACCAAGUGUGAAUGACUUGAAACUAAUUAUCCCCUAUCUUUUUGAAAGAAAGUGCAUACAGAAAGUAUUCAGACCCCCUUCCCUUGUCGCACACUUUAGUGUUGUAAAUUUAAUUUGAAAUGGCUAAUAUUGCCAUUUUUGCUCAUCAGUCUACACUUAGUAAAUCCUAAUGGCAAAGUUGUGUCAUGGCAAGUUUUAUUUGUUUAGAUCAUUAUCAAAAUCUAAAUUUUAGGGGUUUUACAGUCUGUACAGCAUACAACACCACAACAACCUCUGUCCUUAAAUCCUUAAACUGGAUGAGGAAAAACUCCUUAAGAUAUAAAUAAAUCCAUAAAUUUAACUUUAACAGGGAAAACAUUUAUAAGUAUGGACUGUAUUUGGCCGCAUUCAUUGUUCCCUCAGUUCUGACCAGUGUCCAUGUCCCUAUUGCUGAGAAUAGGGACCCCCCCACCUAAUAUCAUGAUACUGUGACCACCAUGUAUCAUCAUGGGAUGAGUAUUAGCAGGUGAUGAACAGUGGCUACAGCAUACCAGGCAUAUUGUCUGGAGUUCUGCUCAAAGAGCACAGUUUAUGCCUCAUCAGACCAGAGAAUGUUUUUCCUCAUGCUCAUAUAGGAUGAGCCUUUUAGUCACAGUGGCUUCUGUCUAGUCACCCUACCACAGAGGCCUGAUUGAUGGAGUUCUGCUGUUCUACCAUCUCUGCAGAGAACUUCUGAAGCUCUCCUAGAGUGACCGUUGGGUUCUUGGUCACCUCCCUGACUAAAGCCCCUUUUCCACCACCUGGUACCAACUCAACUCAUCUCGACUCGCCUUAUUUGUGUUUCCAUCAGUCAAAUGUUGGGGCCAGCCCCCGAGUACCUGCUGCUGUUUUCGGUAUCACUCCUGUUGAGGUUCCAAGCGAGCAGAGGCAAUACCAAACUGUGACAUGUAAACACUGCAGACUAGAGACUGGUCAGAGGGAUUGCGUCAUCAAUAUGCGAGACGUCCUGGAACAAAGAAAGUGACAUUUUAAAAAGCAAUGUUAUUUAACGCUAACCAAUACUUUAUUGUAGUUAUUGUACUAACAGCCACAUACCAAGAAUCAGAAGCAGCCUGCCUUCAAUGGCCUCAAUGUUACUGUGUCAGUUGCUGACGACAUCACAGCAGUGUAAUGCAGUGCCACUAUGACAACCAGCUACAGUGAGAGGAGACCAUCUGAGGUGGAAAACCAAGCACCUGUUACCAAAAGAGAGUAGAGCUGAGUUAACUGAAAAAGGGGCUUAAGGUCCUUCUUGUUGGUUGACUCAGUUUAGUCAACAGAGGAGUCCUGGUCUAUGCUGCUCAACACUCAAAGGUGUAGAAAUGUUUUUUCCCUUGCCCUGAUCUGCAUUGCAUCUAUCCAUCAUGGAGGUCCACAGAGUUCUUGGACUUGACGUUGUAAGACCUUGUAUACACAGGUGUGGGCCAUUCUAAACUAAGUCCAGUUUGGUUCGGACUGCCACAGCAAACAUCUGAAAACCUUUGCACAAAACAGAUUUCAUGUUUUGACUUUUAAUACAUUUGUAAACAUCUCUAAAAACACAUUUUCACUUUGUCUUUAAGUGUUAUGAGUCUAGACUGAUGGGCAAAAAUGAUCAAGUGAAAACAAAAAUCUGCAACACAAUAAAGUGAGCAAAAAGUGAAGGGGUUUGUACGGUUUCAUCUGCAUCUAGGAAAAAUGCUGGAGAUGAGGCAGAUGGCAAAAGGAAAAGACUUACAGUAGAUACACCAAGACAACAGCUGAGCUUCAGGGUGCACCCUUUGUACUUACUGUACAUCUGCUAUAAUUUACUCAGGGACUGAGGGGUUUGUGGGGACGAUUCACCCUGUGUACAGUGUGUUUCUUUACAAAUGUUUCAUGUUGAGCUCAACUUUAGUGGAAUUCACACUGUUGACCGAUAGCUAGGCGUAUCAGUGCUGACCUUUGAGGGGAGAACUAGAAUCCAAAAUGAAUGCCCUUGUAAUUUAUGAGCUGUGUUACACCAUCAGUUUUUAUUACAUCCUCUGUUGGAGUAAACACUGAGUGAACGUAGUUUAGCUUAGUUUGUUAGUGACUCAUUAAUGAACAAGUUAAGCUAACAAGCCAAUGAAUAUGCCAUCUUAAAGAGCUGCACACACACAUUUGUAAAUCGUGAUUUGAUUUUAUCGGUAGAUCGACAAAUGCGUCUGUGGCCUUCAUGAGACACACAAAUCGGUUUUACACAUAUGUAAUGUUGACUGUAUGAGUAAAUCGCUGAAUAUGCUUGUGUGGCUAGUAGUGAUAGAAUUUUACCCCCAUACUGGCUGAGCAGUAACAUGGUGUGUCACAGAACAUCUGGGGAAAGUGAAGAGAACCAGAGAAAACAGGAAGAUAGAAGCUCUGGGAACCAUUUACUAUAGCAGUUCCCAAACUAGCCUUGUAUGGAGUCAUGAUAGGCCCCAUCCAUUUUGCAUGGGCAAACGUGAUGUGGUCGCCGCUUUACGCUGUGCCUCAUUUUGGUUUUAGUUACCUAAACUAACCAAAACUCAACUUUUAAAGUGACCAAUUAAUAAAGUAGCAGGUAGACACUGAGAACUUUUUUUUUCUUUAAGUACAAAUAUUUUAAGUACUCGCUGGGUCUGAUAGUGUACACAGAACAGUCAUGCCUCACUGAGACUCUUCUGUGUGGACACUGUGGUCCAGGUGUAAGUGAGAAUAGAUUUGAUCAUUGUUAUAAAGAACACUCAGGCUCUCAUGCAGCUUCAUUCCCUCUAAAAACCAAACCAGGUUAUACAUAUUAUAACUGCUGCUCCUUAAUAGCACAAUGGAUAGUACCAGCCUGUGCUGGUAUGGUGGUGUAUACAGUAAAGGUUAUUAGGACAAACACAAGGCUUUCUGAUCACUGUGCCAUUGAGCUAAAGGACAUUUUGUCAGUUUCUUUUGUUCAGAGAUUAACCAACCAAUCUUGAUCAUGACUAUUUCACAUCAAAACACCUGACAUAUUAAAUGGCGGUAUGACACUGCACAACUUACAUGGUUUGUCCACCUUUUAGCUUUUGUCUGAAAAGCCCAGACUGGAUAUAGUAACUGCAUUUCUGUGGACCCGCCGACACACUAUGCUCUGUAUCAACUGGAUACUCAGUUCAGUCUUUAAACUUUCAAGUGCCCUUGUUUUUUGUUGUUAUUUAACUCAGAAGAGUAGCUAAAGUAUUCCUAAAUGAAUGCAAAUUGUCACGUCUAGUGUUCGUGAUUCAAUUUAGCUUGUGUUGUUUAUGGAA